AUGUCCUCAUACUCUAGUUUCUCAAGCUCCAUCUCGGGGUCAGCAUCCAGCUCUCCGUCCUUGUCCUUCCGCUCCCAUGUUAGCUCGCAGAGCGACAGCGAAAGGGUGGGCGAGGAGAUGGAGAUCAUCAAGACGUGGUUUUCAGUCCUCAACGACGAAGAACGAACAGCCGCCCUCACAUCCAUCGCCGAGCUACCGUGUCUCCGCGAGAUCGAGCCUUUGAUCCAGACCCUCAAGGACCGCAAGCGGGACCUCUGGCGUCGACAAGAGGAACUCCUCAUCCAGCCGGGAACAAAGCCCAAGUGGCCGAUGCCGGUGUUCCCUCACAACUCCCAAGACCCUAGAUGGGUAGCCAAAUGGCUCCGCGCGUUGAGGCUGCACAAGUACGAAAGGUGCCUGACUGGAAUGUCCCCGGCGCAGGUUUCACGUCUAAGUGAUGAGGAUCUGCAACAGCUGGGUGUUGACACUGUCGGCGCAAGGACGAAGCUGCUCCGAGCCAUCUCAACUGGAUGA